GGUCCGCUCCACACCCGGAAGCGCUGCACGCUCACUCCCGCACUCGACUCUCUGCCGCCUUCUUCUGGCACACAGGAGUUUAACUUCUGGCUCCUUCUAGGUAACUUCUUCACGUUAACCGGUUAAUGGUCAUUCUUUCGUGUCGGAGAAGAGGAGCUCGUGGACUUUCUUUCUGCUGUGCUGCAAGCGGGGAGAGAGCCGCGCGUGCACAGAGCGCAGUCCCCGCCGCCGCUGCACAGUGACAUUGACACACCGUGGUGUUGUGCCGCCGUGCGUACAGCAGCGUUCAGAUCCCCACAAGCUGCAGCCACGAUGAGCGAAUACUUCAGCCUGUCGGACUGUGAUGUUAUUGGCUUCGACCUGGACCACACGCUCUGCCGGUACCACCUGAAGGAGACCUCGAGGCUGAUCUAUGAGAGUUUUGCUCGCUAUCUGGUGGAGCAUAAAGGCUAUGAUAAGGACCUGCUGAACCUAACCCCCGCUACCUGGGAUUUCUGUUUUAAAGGGCUGGUGGUGGAUCUGGACGAUGGAAACCUUGUGAAGCUGGCUGAAGAUGGAACUGUCCUGCGAGCGACACAUGGAACCAAUGACCUCAGCACAGAAGAGAUCAUCAAACACUACGGUCCAAAAAGGGAAUGGAAGCACUUCAACAGCCUCAAUACUUCCUUCACAAGAUCAACUAAAUACUACUUCUAUGACAACUAUUUUGAUCUACCCGGGGCCCUCCUCUGUGGAAGAGUUGUGGAUAUGUUACAUAAGCGAGGAAAUGAGGUGAAUUCUGACUUUUGGAAAGAUAUGGUUGCUGCUAUCGACCACAAUUACAACACAUCUGCAUUCAAAGAGGAUGCAGGGACGUACUUCCCCAGAGUGAAGAGGGACCCGGGACGGUACCUGCAGCCCUGCUCGGACUCUGUGAAGGCCUGGUUGCGCAGCAUGAAGAAUGCCGGGAAGGUCCUCCUCCUCAUCACCAGCUCCCACAGCGACUACUGCAGGCUCAUCUGUGAACACAUCCUGGGGAAGGAUUUCGAGGAGCUAUUUGAUGUCAUCAUCACAAAUGCCCUGAAGCCUGGUUUCUUCUCUCUGGUGCCCCAGCAGAGGCCCUUCAGGACUCUUGUGAACGACGUGGAGGAGAGCGAGGGGCUGCCGGCGCUGGACAAACCCGGCUGGUACUCGCAGGGAAACUGGCCGCACCUCCUCGAGCUGCUGAAGACCAUGACGGGGAAACCAGAGCCAAAGGUGGUGUACUUUGGAGACAGCAUGCGGUCGGACAUGUUCCCUGCCAGCAGUUUUGGGAAAUGGGAGACGGUGAUGGUCGUGGAGGAAAUGGAAGGGGAGGGUGUCGAGAAGAGCGACGCGGCGCUGUCCAAUGAGGCUCAAGUGGAGCCGCUGGAGAAAAAGGGCAAGUUUGAGGAGCAAGGCAUGAAGGCCCCCUCCGCCGUGUCCGAGCAGUGGGGCUCCUACUUUGUGGACGUACAUAAAAGUGGAGGAGCGGACGAGGAGAGCCAGAAACUGACCUGGUGCUGCCACUGCAUUCACAAAUACAGCGCCAUGGCCAUCCCCAGUGUGGAGCACAUAGCAGAUCUCCCUCUGGAUUACAAGUUCCCCAGGUUCUCUCCCGACAAGCCCUGCACCACCGGCUACUACCCUCGGCCCCCGGAUUCUCUGCUGAAGAGGUGCGAGAGUCUGUCGUAAAAAUACAGAAGAGAAGUAGGAAAAAGUCCUCCCUUACCCCUCUGCCUCAGGAGAGGAAUGUGCCAUUUUUGCCUGUAGUUUGUCACCUGACCCGCCGCCAUCUGUGGAGCACAGGAAGCAUACACUCCUCACCCAUUCAGAGAAACCAUGUGAAUGUAAGCCACAGUAUCUCUCUGUAAUAACGCCUACAUCUGAACGUCGUUUCGUGGUUUAGUGUACCGUACACGUGGAAAUAUGAAACGUGUGUGUGUGUGUGUCUGCAAACAGUACCAAUAAGAAAUGUAGUGUUUUUAUUGUUUCAUGUGUGAGGCCAAAUUUAUUUUCUACGGUAGGUUGUUGAAAAAUCCAAACUCUUCUAAGAAAGUGAACACUCACCGUUUCUUUUAUUCUGAAGGGAUUACCUCAAGAAAGGAACCAGAUUGUCAAACUGCGUUUGCCCUGAAAGUCUUUGGUAUUAUCGUGCCAGUAUUUCUGUCUCACACUGUCACCGUAAAGUCUUAUUCUUUGAAAUAUAGUUUCACAGUAUGCAUUUUAGUAACCUUAACAUGAGGGUCAAAGAGUAGUUCUGGUGUUUCUAAACCAGGGCCAUAUUUUAACAUAUUUAUGGGUCUAAAUUGAUGAGAGGUACAAAAAGUUUUGAGUUGCAGCAGUUGUAUUUUCCUCCUGCAGCCUUGAGGCAGGUUGUAAUGGCUGUAAUUUAAUAUUCUUGUACAGUAGAGAGGAUCUCUAAAGAGACCCUUCAUGUUAGGAGAAGAUCAUUUUUGGAAACAAGAAGCAGCAACAUUUUUGCUCUUCUCAAAAGCACCUGACUCCAUUGAUGAUAGCAAUAAUUCAGGGCCUGUGUCCACUUACAGUGCCCACAACAUCAGUUCCAGGGUGAAGUUUCUGAAGUUGUCCCACACAGCAUAUAGAAAGCAUUAUAAAAAUGGAAAUGAAUCAUGUCUUAGCAUUAACAGCAGUUCAAGGUCUGGGUAGUUUCUUCCCUGCCAUUUUUGUUGACAAAGCUGAGAUCACAAGUCACACCCCUUCUUGAUUUUGAUUGAUCAGUGAGUUUGAAGCAACAUUGACGAGCAUGGCGAUGUUCCUAAAGUUUAACUUUCUUCAACUGCAAACUCCUUGAGUACAUCAACAAAAAACAGCUGACACCACUUAAAACACCAGACUGUAUUGGUAUUGUAGGCACUGUAAACACAGAAAAUGCUUUCAGUGGAAAUAGGCCCUUAACCUUGCAGAACAUGAGAUCUCUCGAUCAGCUAGUUUCUUUGUUUGUUUUUUUAGUAUCAUUGUGUGCUGUUGAAACAUGGUCUUUAUGGAUCUGAAAUUACUAUUUCAACAACAAAGUCUCCCAAUAUGUGACUAUCUCAGACAUUUGUGAACUAGAAACUCAUGUUAACCACAAGUGAAAGUGAGGCUUUUUGUUUGGCGACUUUAAAGAAAGUGACAUAUUUGGUGUUACUAUUAAAACUCUAUCCCAGUAGGGAUCCAUUCUUCAAUAAUGUUGGACACCAAGAGUAACAAUCUGAGUCUGUAAGUUGCAAAAAACAAUAGAGUUUGUCCAGCUGUGAUUGGGCCUCUUCGCCUCCAGGUUCACAUUGCAGCCAUUACAGCCUGUUUCAAGCAUGCCUGCUCACUGGACCAAUUUAAAACAUUUUUCACCUGUUAGUCAUUCAGAUCCCAAAAUAUGUAAAUAUAAGUCUCCAGUCUAGAGCAUCAGGAUUCCUCUUGAGGUCAAAAGUUCCAGCUGUGUCCGUUUUUGUAGACGGUGUUAAUCUUCAGGUCAUUGUUGCUGAAUAUUUAGCACAAUGCUGUACUUUGUGUUUGCUGUCAUAAAAAACACAUCUUUGGGAAACACUUAAUAACAGUAAUAAGAAUUGAUGAUGAAGACUAUGCUAGAUGUUCUCUGUAUUAUUUUUUGGUGCAACAGUGACAUGUGCUGUUUGAGUGAUUGUGUUAAAAUAUGGACUACUUGUGUGUUCAUUCGUAUGCAGUACCAGACUGAGAUAUGCUUUAACCGACUUCUGAAUGGUUAUUUUGUCGGUGUGCAUUUACAAGUUGUGCCAUAAUAUUUAAGGAACACUAAAUGAGGGAUAAAUCUGUUAGUUUGUGCUGAAGCCACAUCACAGACGAUUGGUUUAUCUUUGUGAAUCUGGGUAGUGUUUAGCUGAGCUGAGUGAACCACAGCUCAUGCCUCUGUCUCUAAAAUUCAAAAUGACGAAUGGCCACAAAAUUGAAAGCUUUUCUUUUGUAUGCCAGACGGCAGACUUAGGACUGAGCAAACUAGAGGUCUUCACUGGUCUACUUGGUCCAGAGUCAUGCUUACAAACUACUAACCUUUUUCUUUUAGACCUGAGCUUGAAUCAGAAAUGUCUCAUUCCAAAUGAGCAUUUUGGUUUCAUUUCAGAACUUAUCUUGUGCUAACACGUCUUAAAAUAUAUGACAUGACCAUUCUUGUACAGUGGACUUAAAAGUGCCAGUGGAAACAAAAAAAUGGACAUUGCAGUUGUACAAAAGUGAAGCCAAAAUAAACCCUGCAAUCGGCAUUUACAUCUUACACUGCGGAGACUUUUUUAGCCACAGUGCAUGUAGAAGAGAUUGGCUGGUGGAGUCACAAAAUUGUGAAAAGAAAAGAAAAUCCGGUGCACACAGCGCUACAGGAGCCUCAUUGGUCAACAGAGAGGUCAGUCGUGACAUCACAUCCCCUCUUUACAGCAUCAAAUAACUAAUUCAAUCUAAACUUGUCAGAAAACUGAACACUGUGACGUAACUAACUAUGAUGACAGAAACCAUGUCUGACAAACAUUUAUUUGACCUGUAUUUGGAUUUUAGAGUUUGACCCAUGCCCCAUCUGUCAACAUGGAGGAGGCAGGGUUUAUGAGCUACCCUGUAGCCAGUCAGACGAGGGAAAGCUAAAUGUUUUGGCUUCAUUUUUGGGGAGCUGUCAUGUCAUUCAUUUUUUGGGCCACCCAAAACGACAAUAUCUGGUCAGGGUUGAUAACACUGCUGAAACAAGAAGCCCUCACACCUCCUGCACACAGUUACAACUACAUAAACUGUGAACACUAGAUGAUAAAACAAGCAGUGCCUGUAAUGAGUUAUUUGUGUUGACUUCAUCACUGUUGCUAAAAGCUGUUUUCUUCUAGAUACAGGCCUCUGUAUAGAGGGGUGAUGAAUCAGGGAGAUACACAUUUCACCAAUACAACCCAACAAGAAAGCUAAUGUGGGUUUCUGCCCCAUCAUUCUUAAAAAAAAACCUUUGUUUCUGCCAUUAAUACUAAAACACAAACGAAGUGUUUCAAACUAGAAAGUGGUCAGUAGUAUCAGAUUCAGGAGCUGUUUAACAUCAGUUUGUAUUGAAGCUCAGCUUAAAGCUAGCUAAAUGAACGCUAAUUUUGAAAAAAACAUGUAGCGAGGAUUAACAACAGUAACUGAAAAAGACUUGAGACCUUAAUCCUGUCAGGUACUACUUAUAUUCUCUGUAAUAGCUUCCAGGUGGGGUCCUAAUACAUUCUUGGGACUGUGGCAUGUCCAUGUAGUAUAUCCAAUGUAAUAUAUCCCACUGGAUCCUGGUGGACUGGGUCAAUUUUUCUGUUAGCAUUCUGUGGCUACAUGCUAACGCAACCACCCUGUUGCUACGAUAAGCUCAAACAAAUGCGGGUAGCAAAUUAUGUCAAGUAAGUAAGCAGAGAGCUUUACUAUAUCCAUAGCCUUGAGUCAAUAGCAACAAAUGUCAAAAUAUUGAGGGUUUUUAGAUGGUCAGCGUAGUUAGCUAGCUUACUCUGGUCUAUUUUGCGAUAGAUAAUAACGCUAAGGGUCAAGAAGCACAACAGAGGGACCUCUGAUUUUGGAAACACUCCCUCUACUUUGGAAAGAGAUAAAGAAACCAUAGCAGCACAGAGACAAGCUAACUAGUGGGAACUAUAGCUAGCAUUAGCCCUGCUAUAGACAGUCACAGCACCCAGCUGGUUUUCAUUAUAAUUAUCUUUUUAAACUAAUAAAGCCUGGUUGUUUCUACAUAAAUUAGUUAAAGAAUAGAAGUAACACUACGUAGAGUUUUUUUGGAAAUAGUUUGAUCAAGCUAGAGUAGCUUCUUGGCUAGCUGGUUUGCUGGAUAGUCCCUUUAUUCUUGGUUCAAAGCUAGGCUAAACAUCCCAGACCUUUCACUCUGUUAACCACACAUACGUAGGUGAUUCUGGUUUUACCCUUUUUACCUGGCUUUGUGUGCGUAACUAAACAGGGGGAUUUCCCAAAUGUCAAAGUGUUCCUUGAAGAUGACCAUCAUCUCACUCAUACGGACAGAUUACUUCAGAAUACUUUAAGAAAAGCUGCAUCCAGCUCUCAGCGUGUACGUGGGAUUGGUCAUCCAAAGUGAGUUCUUAAUUGUGCUGUGUGUGUGCAGGUGUUUUAUGCAUACAGCUGUUGUGAUUGUACUCUUCUUUUCUCAUCUGACCUGGAAAAUUUGACAUGCACAUUUGCCUUAUGUUGGAAGCAUUUGUGGUCUUAAUUUCCUUAAAACACAGGAAAGUUUAAUUCUGUGUUUUAGUGUUAAAGUACUGUCUAUGAAAUAAAAUGUUCUACAGUUUUCUUAUAA